CAUCGUGUUUCACCCAACAAAUCGACUGACACACUAUACCAUAGCUGGUUAGUGCUCAUCCCAACCCUCAUUCAGCCCCAAGUUCAAUAUACUGCACAGACACAGGUCCAACCCUUGGAAAGAGUCAAUGAAGUCACAUCUGUGUGCACCACUCUCAAAUGCACAGGGAAACAAACAACUUUGAUUUGUUUGUUUUUUGACUGUAAGUCCUCAAUCACACACUAG